UCCUAGAAGUGCUGAAACUCCAAACAGAGAAGAAACCAGUAGUGCUGACAGGCUGGUCAGAUGAAGAGAGUGAAGUGAGGAGUUUCCUUCAGUGUCUGCCCUACAUCUCCCAGCUGAGUUUUAUAUCUCCACAGAGUGAGAGUGAUGAGUGGAUAAAGAGAGUGAAUUCAUUCCUGAUGGAUCUGUGUCUGCAAGCAGCUCUAUAUCAGAAAGAGGAUAUUCACGCAACUGUAGAGGAGCUGAUGUCGUACGCCUAUGGUGAAGAAGGAGAGUUUCUUCUGGAUCUGUUCUCACAUGUGAAGAACUGUGAGACUCAGACAGGCAGGAGUUUUCUUCCAGCAUUACAGCCAGUUUACCAGUCAGCUCCUGCAGAGUGGAUCAUAGACCUCUCAGAGAGAAAGAGCUCCCUCUUCCUAGAAGUGCUGAAACUCCAAUCAGAGAAGAAACCAGUAGAGCUGACAGGCUGGUCAGGUGAAGAGAGUGAAGUGAGGAGUUUCCUUCAGUGUCUGCCCUACAUCUCCCAGCUGAGAUUCAGAUCUCCACAGAGUGAGAGUGAUGAGUGGAGAAAGAGAGUGAAAUCAUUCCUGCUGGAUCUGUGUCUGCAAGCAGCUCUACAUCAGAAAGAGGAUAUUCACACAACUGUACAGAAGCUGAUGUCGUACGCCUAUGGUGAAGAAGGUGAUUUUCUGCUGGAUCUGUUCUCACAUGUGAAGAACUGUGAGACUCAGACAGGCAGGAGUUUUCUUCCAGCAUUACAGCCAGUUUACCAGUCAGCUCCUGCAGAGUGGAUCAUAGACCUCUCAGAGAGAAAGAGCUCCCUCUUCCUAGAAGUGCUGAAACUCCAAACAGUGAAGAAACCAGUAGUGCUGACAGGCAGGUCAGAUGAAGAGAGUGAAGUGAGGAGUUUCCUUCAGUGUCUGCCCUACGUCUCCCAGCUGAGGCUUCAUUUUAAAAAACAAAGUGAAGGUUUCCAGUUCCUGGUGGAGCUGAUUGUUGCAGCAGCAGAGUGUGACGCAGCUACAGGACAGAGUUUCACUAAACUGCUGACAUCUGUGUGCAGCUACACAGCCUUCCCUUUUGAUAAAACACAUUAUUCUUACUCUAAUACUGCUGAUCAGAGCGUUUUUCUGCUUGAUCUGUUCUCACGUGUGAAGAACUAUGAGACUCAGACAGGCAGGAGUUUUCUUCCAGCAUUACAGCCAGUUUACCAAUCAGCUCCUGCAGUCUGGAUCAUAGACCUCUCAGAGAGAAAGAGCUCCCUCUUCCUAGAAGUGCUGAAACUCCAAACAGAGAAGAAACCAGUAGAGCUGACAGGCUGGUCAGAUGAAGAGAGUGGAGUGAGGAGUUUCCUUCAGUGUCUGCCCUACAUCUCCCAGCUGAGAGGGGCUGAGCUGUGUGUCCAGUCUCUGUGUAAAGUGAUGGGUUCCAGACAGGAGGCAGAGCAGGUGGCUCUUCUGCUCCAGGCUCUGGACUUCACCGUCUCUCUGGGUGGAAAGUUAUCCACCUCCAGCUGCAGGUCUGUGGGCAGAGUGCUGGGCCUCUCAUCCUCCAGCCUCAACCUCACUCUAAACCCACAAUCCAUCUCUCUGAGAGGAUCCAGACUUCUCUUCAGACACAUCUCACACCUACACACUCUCAGGCUGGAUGGUGCUAUGAUGGUGAAAAUGGUACGAGCGCUGAGAGCAGUGAGAGCUCCUGCUCCAGUGACCGUAGAGGAGCUUUCACUCAUGCUGAACAGAACACAGCGGUCAGAGGGGGAGCUGUCCAGGGUCCUGAGCAGCUUGGCUUCUCUCCUGAGACUCUGGAAUGUCCAGUGUGUGAACCUGACUGAACACACAAUGGAGGUUCAGUCUCUCACUGUAAUACUGUGUCACCAGGGCUCUCUGACCAUCAGGCUGUCUAAAGAGACUCUCCAGCAGCUGGUUGUUGUGGUGUAUGAGACUCAGGAGGAGGAGUUAACUCACUGUUUUCUGCAGAAAGUGGGUGGAGAUCUGACUUCCUGCUCUCUGAACUGGGAAAUGAUUCACUAUUUCCUGCAGUUUCACACUGUCAGUGUGGACUUUAGGAAGAGCAACAUUGAACAGCAGAACAUCAGAGAACUUCUGUCUGUACUGGACAGAGUUCAGCUCAGACGCCUGAGCUCCAGCUUUGUACUGUCCAUCAUCAGAGAGAUCUAUGAAUCUGGCUCUGCCCACUGUGUGUCCAGCCUGUUGAGUUCAGCAGAGAACCUCAUCAACCUGAACAGCAGAGAGCUGGACUCUGUCCACUGUGCUGCCCUUCGCUUCACACUGCAGCACUGCACUGCAGUCUCUCUCAGCCUGCUGUGGACCUCCAUACCAGAGGAGGAGCUAGAAAGCAUUGUGCCUCUACUCAACCAUGUCUCCAAUCUCAGUGUUGACAGGCUGUUGUUGCUGAAGCUGCUCCACUGCUGCAGUGUUUCUGAGGGGGAAACAGCAGCAGUUCUGCUCUCUGCUCUGCAGCACAGACUGGACUUCUCCUGCAGCUCCACUCUGGACCUUACAGCACCCACAAACACACUGACUCUGAGCACUGAGGACUGCAGAGUCGUCUCCAUGGCCAUCCAGGGAGCUCAGACGAACACAGAGCUCAUUCUGCAGGACUGUGAGAUGGAGGAGGCUGGAGUGGAGCAGCUCUUCACCAUUUUACACUCAGUCAGACUAAACUGCAGUAAAGCUCUGCUGCUUCAGUUUCUGUCUCUUGUCCGUGUGGGGACUGAGCUGGACUGUGUGAGGCAUGCUGUGGCUCUCUCUCAGGCUCUGGGUGAGGAAGUGGACCUCAGUCAGACAAAGCUGGACUUACAGUCCUGUAGGUCACUGGCGCUGGUUCUGGAACAUUCUGAAGGACUUUCAGAACUGGACCUCAGCCACUGCCAGCUCACUGACCAUUGCCUGGAACUGCUGCUUCCACACCUGCACAAAACCCACAUCCUGGAUUUACACAAUAAUGACAUCACUGACUGGGGAGCCAUGAACAUUCUCUCUUUAAACAGCAAUGUGAAGACUAUAAGGCUGUCUAAAGAGACUCUCCAGCAGCUGGUUGUUGUGGUGUAUGAGACUCAGGAGGAGGAGUUUACUCACUGUUUUCUGCAGAAAGUGGGUGGAGAUCUGACUUCCUGCUCUCUGAACUGGGAAAUGAUUCACUAUUUCCUGCAGUUUCACACUGUCAGUGUGGACUUUAGGAAGAGCAACAUUGAACAGCAGAACAUCAGAGAACUUCUGUCUGUACUGGACAGAGUUCAGCUCAGACGCCUGAGCUCCAGCUUUGUACUGUCCAUCAUCAGAGAGAUCUAUGAAUCUGGCUCUGCCCACUGUGUGUCCAGCCUGUUGAGUUCAGCAGAGAACCUCAUCAACCUGAACAGCAGAGAGCUGGACUCUGUCCACUGUGCUGCCCUUCGCUUCACACUGCAGCACUGCACUGCAGUCUCUCUCAGCCUGCUGUGGACCUCCAUACCAGAGGAGGAGCUAGAAAGCAUUGUGCCUCUACUCAACCAUGUCUCCAAUCUCAGUGUUGACAGGCUGUUGUUGCUGAAGCUGCUCCACUGCUGCAGUGUUUCUGAGGGGGAAACAGCAGCAGUUCUGCUCUCUGCUCUGCAGCACAGACUGGACUUCUCCUGCAGCUCCACUCUGGACCUUACAGCACCCACAAACACACUGACUCUGAGCACUGAGGACUGCAGAGUCGUCUCCAUGACCAUCCAGGGAGCUCAGACGAACACAGAGCUCAUUCUGCAGGACUGUGAGAUGGAGGAGGCUGGAGUGGAGCAGCUCUUCACCAUUUUACACUCAGUCAGACUAAACUGCAGUAAAGCUCUGCUGCUUCAGUUUCUGUCUCUUGUCUGUGUGGGGACUGAGCUGGACUGUGUGAGGCGUGCUGUGGCUCUCUCUCAGGCUCUGGGUGAGGAAGUGGACCUCAGUCAGACAAAGCUGGACUUACAGUCCUGUAGGUCACUGGCGCUGGUUCUGGAACAUUCUGAAGGACUUUCAGAACUGGACCUCAGCCACUGCCAGCUCACUGACCAUUGCCUGGAACUGCUGCUUCCACACCUGCACAAAACCCACAUCCUGGAUUUACACAAUAAUGACAUCACUGACUGGGGAGCCAUGAACAUUCUCUCUUUAAACAGCAAUGUGAAGACUAUAAGGCUCUUCAACAACAGAAUUACACAGAAGAAGCUCUUUAUGUCAGACCGACGCUUUGAGAUCUGGUGAAGCUGAUGGUCAUAAUGAGAGACUCUUUAUUAAUCUGCUGUUUGUUCACUCAGGUCCAGAUUCUGACUCCGGGUUCUUAAUGCACAUCUUAUUAAUUUACUGCUAAAUAUCUUUACUUUUUCCUGACUUCUGGUGGUGUUCAGAACUCAGUUCAUUCAAAAUGUUUCAGUCUAGACUGAAACCUCUUAAAUAGUUUUUCUCUUCAGGUAAAGAAGCACUUCUGCAAACAGCAGGUUUACAGCCUAGGCUUAAAGACUGAGAUCGUGUCCUGAGUUCCAAACACUGAGAGGAAGGCUUUUCCAUGGCUCAGGGGCUUUGUAUGAACAGAUCUUCUCCCCUCCAGUAAUAUCUUUAUACCAGGUACUGAAUUAUGCGGCUUGUGAUCAAAGCAGCCGUGGUGGAUCAUAAUUUUCUGUGAAUUCACUCAUAUUGUGGGAUUAGUGACAGUGUGUGAAAAAUAGGAGAACAGAGUCUUGUAGGACACCAUGUGUCUUAUGUACAGGACAUUCACUGUUUAUAUUCAGCAGUCAGUCAGGAUCUGAAUGGAUGACUUAACUACACUGUCUACCCUGUCAGAUGCUGCACAGAGAUCAAGUAGCACAAAGAUAGAGAUGGAGGACAGCAACAAAUCAUCUACUGUCUUCAGGAAUGCUUUCCAUGUACCUUAAUCGUUUCCAUAGGCCUAAAUCCUAAAUGAAUAUUUAAUUUACGGAUUCUAAUGCAACUCAAACUAAGGUGCUGAGCUGCGGAUUUCUCUUGAAUAACUCAUGUUAAAGGUUUGAUUAUUCCUGAUGGCAUAUAUUUUAUAAGAACUGAAUCAAGUAUGCAGGUACGUGAUUUUAAAGAUAAGUUCAGCAAAGUUAAAUCAGUCUGCUUCAGUCACUUCAAUAUGAAUGAAGUGGGUUGUGUUCAAAUGGUGUGGUAGGUAGCAGAUUAGAUGAUUUUAAAAUCAGAAUUUUCUGUCUAAUGUCUAUCCAGAUUAUAACAGACAUGCUGACCUGUUCUAAUAAUAUGUAUGUAAUAAUUUUGGCUGCACAGAUUUUGAUGCUUUGUUGGAAAUUUUUUUUUUUUCGAAAUUAGUUUGAUUGUUCAUUUCUGUUUUUAUGUAUGUCACAUAUAUAUUUUGAUGACCGUUCUUAUUGUUGUAGGCACUGAUGGUACGCCAAGGAACUGUCAUUUAUGCUUUGUCUUUCAUUGUUUUUUUUACAGUAUGAUUUACAUUAUGCAGCUGCAGUGACAGCUUUGCUGGAGUAAUUUGGGAUUAAAUGUUCAGUGUUACAGGGCGGCACGGUGGCGCAGUGGGUAGUGCUGUCGCCUCACAGCAAGAAUGGCCCGGCCGGGCAACCAGGGUCAUUUCUGUGUGGAGUUUGUA